GUGUAACCGCGGGCUGGGAUUGGGCACGGAGCAGUUACACAAUGGGGAAGUAUAAAAAGAGGGGAAAUGCGCUGCUGGGGAUGCGUGUGUGCCUGCAUCCUCCGGGCUGCUGCUGCUGGACUGCAGGAGCUGCCUCCCAGAGCUUCGUGCAGGAGCCAUUGAUGUGAAUGACACCCUGAUGUCCCAGCUGGAUUACUGAGCUGCUGUGUGAUUCCUGGAGCUGCUGCUGUUGGAAUAAGGAGCUGCCCUCAGUUAUUGGCCUGUCCCAGGAGCACCUCCUGGGUGCUGCAUGCAAGUCCUGGAGGUGCUGGAGACGAUGGGGAUUGGCAAGAACACCACAGCCAAGUCUGUGGAGGCAGGAGGCUCCACAGAGGGCAAAUAUGAGGAGGAGUCCAAGCACCCCACCUUCUUCACCCUGCCUGUUGUGAUAAACGGUGGAGCCACAUCCAGUGGUGACCAGGACACAGAGGACACAGAGCUGAUGGCCAUCUACACCACAGAGAAUGGCAUAGCAGAAAAGAGCUCCCUGGCAGAGACCCUGGACAGCAGUGGCAGUUUGGAUGCCCAGAGGACUGACAUGAUUUACACCAUUGAAGAUGUUCCUCCCUGGUACCUCUGCAUAUUUCUGGGCUUGCAGCACUACCUGACGUGUUUCAGCGGCACCAUCGCCGUGCCCUUCCUGCUGGCCGACGCCAUGUGCGUGGGCUUUGACCAGUGGGCCACCAGCCAGCUCAUCGGGACCAUCUUCUUCUGCGUGGGCAUCACCACCCUGCUGCAGACCACCUUUGGCUGCAGGUUACCCCUGUUCCAAGCCAGUGCUUUUGCAUUCUUAGCACCUGCCAGAGCAAUUCUCUCUCUGGAGAAGUGGAAGUGCAAUAACACAGAUGUAGCAGUCACCAAUGGAACAGCAGAGCUGCUGCACACGGAGCACAUCUGGUACCCCCGGAUACGAGAGAUCCAAGGUGCCAUCAUCAUGUCGUCGCUGAUCGAGGUGCUGAUCGGGCUGCUGGGGCUGCCCGGGGCUCUGCUGCGCUACAUCGGGCCCCUGACCAUCACCCCCACCGUGGCCCUCAUCGGCCUCUCGGGCUUCCAGGCUGCAGGGGAGCGAGCUGGCAAGCACUGGGGCAUCGCCAUGCUGACUAUUUUCCUAGUAUUGUUGUUUUCUCAGUAUGCCAGAAAUGUCAAAUUUCCCUUGCCCAUUUAUAAAUCCAAGAAAGGAUGGACAGCAUACAGGCUGCAGCUUUUCAAGAUGUUCCCUAUCAUCCUGGCCAUCCUGGUGUCGUGGCUGCUGUGCUUCAUCUUCACGGUGACGGACGUGUUCCCCCCGGACAGCUCCAAGUACGGAUUCUACGCGCGCACGGACGCGCGGCGCGGCGUGCUGCUGGUGGCGCCCUGGUUCAAGGUGCCCUACCCCUUCCAGUGGGGGCUGCCCACCAUCUCUGCAGCGGGGGUGAUCGGGAUGCUGAGCGCCGUCGUCGCCAGCAUCAUCGAGUCCAUCGGGGACUACUACGCCUGUGCCAGGCUCUCCUGUGCUCCUCCUCCCCCCAUCCACGCCAUCAACAGGGGGAUUUUCAUCGAGGGUCUCUCCUGUGUCCUGGAUGGAGUGUUUGGGACAGGGAAUGGAUCCACCUCUUCCAGCCCCAACAUUGGGGUCCUGGGCAUCACAAAGGUUGGCAGCCGCAGGGUGAUCCAGUAUGGAGCUGCCUUCAUGCUGCUGCUGGGCAUGGUGGGCAAGUUCAGCGCGCUCUUCGCCUCGCUGCCCGACCCCGUGCUGGGCGCGCUCUUCUGCACCCUCUUCGGGAUGAUCACGGCCGUGGGUCUGUCAAACCUGCAGUUCAUCGAUCUGAACUCCUCCCGGAAUCUCUUCGUGCUCGGCUUCUCCAUCUUCUUCGGCCUCGUCCUCCCCAGCUAUCUCAGGCAGAACCCCCUGGUCACUGGAAUUGCAGGCAUUGAUCAGGUGUUGAACGUGCUGCUCACCACUGCCAUGUUCGUCGGGGGCUGCGUCGCCUUCGUCCUGGACAACACCAUCCCAGGGAGCCCUGAAGAAAGGGGAAUACGGAAAUGGAAGAAAGGGGUUGGUAAAGGAAGCAAAUCCCUGGAUGGCAUGGAAACAUAUGAUCUGCCUUUUGGCAUGAACUUCAUUAAAAAAUACAGAUGUUUCAGCUUCCUGCCCAUCAGCCCCACCUUCAUGGGAUACACGUGGAAAGGCUUCAGGAAAAGCAGUAACUGCAGGAGUUCAGAUGAAGACUCAGAAGCUACAGUAUAGCCUUAGCUGAAAUUAUAUUAUCUAGUUGUAGUCAAAGAUGUAUUUGCAGUUUCUUGCUGAUUAAGAAGCAUUAAAAUCUAUGUUUUGUAUAUCUGCAUUUAAAUUCUGGAACCAGAGCUGAGACAGGUUUAAAAAAAAAAGAAAAAGAAAAAAAAAAAAAGCUUUUCCUGCUGUGGGUGGUGGGAGCUAGGUCUAGUGUCUCUGUGGCAAAUGCUGCUGAUUUUGGGAAGUUGUAGAGAGCUGUGCACCCAAGUCUGUUGGUUUGAAAUGGUUUUAGGUGGAGGUGUGGAGGUGCUGCUGCAAACCUUUGGUUAUUAUGGUGAUCUUAUUGAAGCCCUCAGUGUUGAUUAUGCUGAGAAAACUGAACCUUGGAGAAGGAGAGGGGGAAAAGAGAGAAAAGGAAAACUAUUUCCUUCUGAUCAUGUCAAGUCCCAUAGAUGCUGUUCUGCCACUCAGUGAUUUGCACAUUCCAUGUUCUCAGCCCUGGAAACCGGGCUCAGCUGAUGCUGGCAAAUCCUGAGAGUUAAUUCUGAAUUAUCUGUGAUUUCAGUGGCACAUCCAGUGCUCAGAAGGAAGUUUCUGGAAUAACUCUGCCCUUGAAAACGUGGCUGGCUUGGCUAGCUCAGUGCUGCAGCAGCCACUUUAUUUUACUCACAGCAUUUCUCAUCUUUGAACGUUUGCUUCCCCCACCUGGGGAUUCCCUUCUGAGGCUGGGAUGGGAAACCUCAACUCAGACAGGACCUGGAGGCAGCGUUUCAGUUCAGUGCCUGUGUCCAGCAGGAUGUUUAAUGGCCAGAAAUGCUAAUUAGCUGAGCAGCUCCAAGCAGUUAACAGUUGUUCCUGCAGGGAAAGCCUCGUGCUCCGAAUGCUGGGCACUCCUGGCUUGGGGCUGAGCAGGGUUGGGUUUGUUUUUGCUGAUGCUGCACAAGGCUCUUUCUUCUCCUGUUGUGGGGCUUCUCCAGAGCUGAUUCCUGCUGGGAAGGGGGUUUGGGCCAGCAGAGACACUGCACCUGCCAGCCUCACCCACGGGUGGUUCACGGGUAUUGGGUCCAAUCAGGGCACCACUCAGAUCUCUUUUUCUGUUCUGGAAUAGUCUCAGCUCUGCUGUUAUGUGGGUGUUCAUGCUCAUCAUGCAUUCAUGAUUAACAGUUUUAUUCCUGUUUAAUGUUCUUACUAUUGCAAGUUAGUUUUAGACUUCAGUGUGGCCCCAAAAGCAUUUUCAGCUGUGGAGAUCAUCAGGGAAAUGUUGUGUAAUGUAAUUUCAAGGCCAGUAAUGCUCUACGGUGCUUGCAUUUUGUAUUCCUGGAAAACUAUUACAGUAGAUCCUGUAACCCCCUGAUCUAUUUAUCCAAGUUUGACUACUGGACAGGAGCACAGGAGCUCUGUUUUCUCUAAGUCUGCUCCCAGGGGAAUUUGUUCUGGGUUAUUGAAGCAUGGACGGGUUGGGGUGGGGAGGGCAAGGACAGAGCUUGACGGGUCCGUGCUGAGUAGUGUAGAGUGGGAAUGAUUCCGUGGGUAUCGUUCCCAGCAUGCCAUGGCUGUUUCCAGAAACUUUUAUCCUGCUUUUCCCAUGUCCAAGCAUGCCUUUGUUCCUGCUUCCUUCGGGGAACUGUCAGUAGUUUGCAGUCUUGGUGUCAGUUGGACUCGAGAGCUGGUCACAAGAGUCGUUGUGUAGUAGACGAGGUUGGUUUGCCUGUGAAACAAAAGUCAUUUUUGCUCAUUUUUCAGUCUUUCCUCUCCAGGUAGUGAGGUGUUAGACACAGUUUGGGUGCAGGGGCCUCUGCUCAGUGGCACUAAGCUUCCAAAUUCCCCAGCUUUCUGUGCAACCAAAGAUGUGUGGCAGGUGUGGGAGGUUAAAAACACCCAUGGGAAACACAGGCCAUGACCUGAGGGGUUGUGGUGAUGUCAGAUGCCAAAGUUGGUUAUCCUGUAAAAGUGGAGAAAGGGAGGAAAAAGCUUUUAAUUUCCAACUAACUCCAGAGAGAGGAGGGGAUGAGAGCAGAGUUUGUCUCUCUCACCCUGUUGAGGGAAGUCUGGGUGAGAUCUCAGUGGAGAUUGCCAAGACACUGAGAGUGCCAGGGCAGCAAAUCCCAGGACAGCUCUCUCUCCUCCUGGAGCAGAGCCCCCUCCUUCCCACAGCACUCCUCGAGCAGGUGCACUCCAGUUUUCUGUUGGAUUCAAUUCUUUCUGUGUUUGUGCCCAUUGCCCCUGGCCCUGGGAAGCAGCUGGAAUUGGGGUCACUUUGGAUCCCUUUGGUCAGUGGGACAAAUCCCCACCUUUCCCAGGUGAAUGGUGCAAGGUGAGCCCUGGGCUGGGGAAGGACACCUGGAAGUGCAGGCAGGGCUGGGCUGAGGUGGGACCAGGAGCUCCUGUCCCUCCCUGGGGCUCCUGGAGCCGUCCCAGGGAGAGCAGAGCAGUGCUUUGCUUUGGGGGCAAAUCCCUGAGUUCAGCCUGGCUUUGUGCAGGUGCAGGGGGGAUUUUGGACCUUAGAUCCUUCUCCCACCUUCCCAUUUCCUGAUCCCCUUUUUUCCCCUGAUCCCCUUUUUUUCCCUGAUCCCUUUUUUUUUCCUUCUGAUCCCCUUUUUUUUCCUUCUGAUCCCCUUUUUUUCCUGGUCCCUGUUUUUAUCCUGGUCCCUUCUUCUCCUGGUCCCUUCUGGGCACAUUCCCAAGUGGCUGCUGUGAAAUUCCAGGGAGCUGGGUGCCUGUGGUGGUAGAGGAUGAAGCUGCAGGUUUGGGGAGCAUUAAACACAAGCUGUGUGUGCUGGGGAUGUCCAGGUGUUACCUGACUGCCAGUGCAAUGCUGGAUUUUCCUCUCUGUCCCUCCCUGCCUUUCCAACAGCCAAACUCCAACCAGCCAGGGAAGGUGGCAGCUGAGAGGUGAGUGAAGAGGCCAUGAGAAGUUUCAACCAAUUUUGAGAGGGAAGGGCAAAUAUUCAUGGUAGAAAUCUCAUUUUGUCAUAUCAGAGAUGGUAUCAGUGUAUACAAACAAAGUAACUUGGGAUUUUUGUAAUUGAUAUUCUCUUGUAUUUUUUUUAGGUUAAAUUAAGGGUUCUUGCUGACAUGUUGAAACACAUUUUCUAAAGCAAAUACUUGCAAAUUAUGCCUAGAGAAAUUUAGGUUUCGUAGCUGACAGCUAUGACUGAUUAACGUUGUCAUAUUGGAGGGACUUCACCACGUUCCUCGCUCAGAAAGCUCAACCUUUUCAACCCCAAAUUUGCUUUUCUUGCCUUUUAAUACUGACUUGAAAUAUGACAACUUGGUUUGUACAUGAAUAUUGCAGUAUUUUAUUUCCAUAUAUUAAGAAAAUAACAUUUCCACUCAGGAUAACGGCGGCGCUUUUCCUGGGAGGGAGUGGUAUGAGUGUCAUGACAAUGUCAUGUGAUGGUAGAAUUUCUUCAUUGACGAAUCUAUAGUGGUUGUGUAUACUUUAUUUACCCACGUUUGUGUUCCUACCCAAAACUGGAGGCUUUUGUUGUUUCCUCCCUGCUGAGCCCUCGGGGCUCCCGGGGCAGAAUUGGAGAAAAUCCCUCAGUGGCACCCAGGGAGUGCCAGCGAGUGUGACCCGUCCUUUCCAGCCCAAAGUGCAAGUCCUGCCCCUUUGGAACAAAGAGCCCUGCAGGCACUCUGGUGGCAGAGCCAGAGCCUGCAGCUUGGCUGAGCCCUUGGGUGCUCACCCAGGCGAGCAGCUGUGCCUGCCAGAGCCGCCGAUAGACCAGCACCACCUUCACUGCUCCUUCUGGCCUUCUACAGAGCAGCUUCUGCUCCCUUCCCUUUCCUCUCUCAAGCAGGGGCACUGCGGUCACUCGUGUUUUGCAGCCAAGUCCCACUUGGUGCAGUUUCCCUGGUUUGGGGCUGUGCCUGGGGGAGGUGCCAGGGCUGGCUGGGAGUUGGGAUCAGUGCUGGAGCCACCCGAGCGUCCUGCUGGAAUUCCUGCUGGCUCCCUGCUGGAUCCCUGAUGGAAUUCCUGCUGGAAUUCCUGCUGGAUCCCUGCUGGAUCCCUGCUGGAAUUCCUGCUGGAUCCCUGCUGGAUCCCUGCUGGACUCCUGCUGGAUCCCUGCUGGAUCCCUGCUGGAAUUCCUGCUGGAUCCCUGCUGGACUCCUGCUGGAUCCCUGAUGGAUCCCUGAUGGAUCCCUGAUGGAUCCCUGAUGGAUCCCUGAUGGGUCCCUGAUGGAUCCCUGCUGGGAUCCCUGCUGGAAUUCCUGCUGGAUCCCUGCUGGAUUCCUGCUGGAUCCCUGCUGGAUCCCUGCUGGAAUCCCUGCUGGAAUUCCUGCUGGAAUUCCUGCUGGAUCCCUGCUGGAUUCCUGCUGGAUCCCUGCUGGAUCCCUGCUGGAAUCCCUGCUGGAAUUCCUGCUGAAUUCCUGCUGGAUCCCUGCUGGAUUCCUGCUGGAUCCCUGCUGGAAUUCCUGCUGGAUCCCUGAUGGAUUCCUGCUGGAUCCCUGCUGGAAUUCCUGCUGGAUCCCUGAUGGAUUACUGCUGGAUCCCUGCUGGACUCCUGCUGGAUCCCUGCUGGAUCCCUGCUGGAAUUCCUGCUGGAUUCUACUGGGCUGGGGCUGUGCAGGUGCACCCAGGUGGCCUCUGCCCUGCUGGGCAAUCCUCGUGCUGCCAGUCCAAAUAAUUCCUGUGUUUGUCUGUUUAGAACAACCUCUGGUGUAACAAACUAUUGACUGUUCUUAGGCGGUGGGGAUAAAUUCUGUUUCCUCCAUGACUUUUCGUGACUGACUUUGGCUGUAAAACUUUUUUGUUCAACAGCAAAAGUUUAUUUGGGGGAGGGGGGAUGUUUGAUUUUUUUGUUGUUCUAAGAUGUGUAAUUCUUUUAUGGAGUUUUUUUAUUAUUAUUCCUUUUUUUUUUCUAACAUUGCUUCAUUAAACAACUAAAUAUUUAAAAAUGUAAUAUUUGGACCAGAUGUUGUGAAUAAUAGUAGAUAAAGCUAUUUUAUUCUGUAUUUUUAAAGCUGUUCAGUAUAAAUAAACACAGGCAUAGAUGCA